UGAAGGGAACGGAUACUAUGAGAAUCCUCAGGCGAAGGUAGAGAUCUACUGACUGACCGUCCAACUGUCCCCGUUUCACAGGAAGACCUGUUCAGAGCGAAAGCAACAGUGUUCAACAAUCAGCCCCAGGACCUGCAGACGGAUCCCUUCCACUCUGAAGACCCGUUUAAAGCGGACCCAUUCAAAGGUGACCCAUUUGAAAACGACCCCUUUGGAAAGCCUCCACCAUCAUCAUCUACAGAUCCCUUUGAGGGAGAUCCAUUUAAAGAAACAGAUCCAUUCAAGGCUUCAUCAGAGGAUUUUUUUAAGAAGACAACAAAGAUGGAUCCUUUUUCUACAUCAGAUCCCUUCUGUAAAAGUGCCACUCUACCCUCCAAGCAAACCAGUCACUUUACCGCUGCUGACCCGUUUUCUUCCAGCCACCAGAAACCCAGAGGACCAGACCUCUUUGCCACAUUGGACCCGUUUGAGAGCGGUUCUUUUAGCAGCUCGACAAACAGCUCCACUGGCUUUGCAGAUUUCAGCCACAUGUCAAAACCCAGAGACCCGUUUGAAGGAAGGGCCAACUGGCUGCCAGAGUACCAGAAGCCAGUGUUUGCAGAUGACCCAUUCAUCAGGAAAACAGACAUGCCUGCUCUGCCUCCAAAAAGGACCGUCCCUCCCAGGCCCAAACCUCCCAGUGGUAAAACCACACCAGUGAGCUUGUCUGGCUCAGCAGAUCCCUCCAAAACAUUUGACCCCUUUCAGCCAUUUGCUUCUGAUGCAGUUGACCCUUUCCCGAGUAAAAAAAGCCAAGGAGACCCAUUCAGUGGAAAAGACCCCUUCUUCUCAUCUUCAACAUCAACUGCGCCUCGGACAGGACCUGAAAAAGCCAAGUUUGGGAAUGAAGCUCAGCAGCUUGAAUGGGCCAAACGGGAGAGCGAGCGGGCCGAGCGGGACCGACUGAAGAGGCUCCGGCAGCAGGAGCAGGAGGAUCUGGAGCUGGCCAUUGCCCUCAGCAAGGCAGAGAUGUCCAACGCGUGACAUUUGAGCCUGAUGGCGUCCUGCUGAGAUCCCCACAUAUCAGAACACCUAACCCAAACAGAACCCACCUCCUCUGGACACACCACAAAAUCAGGAAGAUCAGGAGAAGGAACUCAGGGUUUGACUGUUUGCGAUCUGAUGCCGGAUCCGUUCACUGAGUGAGGUGGAAGAACAGAGCAGGAUUUGGGUCAACAGCAGCUCUUGUUUCGGUACUUUCACCUGUGAACUAUCAGCAUGGUGGUGAACCCAGCAAAGAAGUUCUCCUGGAGGAGGGGUUCCAGCAUUUGGACAUCCUGUGUUCUGGGUCAUUUUAGGUCCUUUAGGUUCUGUGUAAUUUUGUUCACCUUCAUUCUGUUAUUUCUAAGAUUUAUAGAAUUUGAUGACUAGAAUCUGAGCAUCCUGCCCAAAAGGCUGAACAAGAAACUUCUCAGGUCUGAAGUUGUCUGAAGGACCUUCUAAGCUGGUCCCCUGUGGGAAGACAUCAGUUCUGGUUCUAAAGACACUGACCUCUUUAUCUGAUGUACAGAAAGAAAGAAGUUAUUCAUCUUUUCCCUUCUGUGUAAAAACACUUUUCAGUUCAGCAGGUUUUAGACUCCAGGUUAAAAUGAAGCUAGGCUGAAUAUUUCAUUCUGACGUCAUUACUGUCCCCCUCCUGCAGCUGUCUAUCUACUUUCUAUAGUUCUAGUGAGGACGCAG